UAUAAUGGCGGCCCUCUUCACGAAAAGGAUUGCAAAUCGAGUUCGUUCGCCCCAAUUGGCCCAACCUCUCCAUCCGUCAUUCAGAAAACCCAAAAACCAAGCCCUAAAUUCCAUUUCGCGCCCCUCCCAAAUUCCCCCGGGGAAUUUCACUUCCCGCGCCCAUUUUUUCCAAUUUCACCACCCAAAAUAGUAACAAUUCAAAUUCCUUUCGAAUCUCUCUCUCUAGACUUUUUCAAAUACCGAAGCCAAAUCGCUGAAGAACAGCUGGCGAACAUGGCGGUGGGUUCGAACCCCGCCUCUAACUUAGCUGAGCAGAACGGGAAGAUCCGUAGCAGCAGCGAUGGGAAUUCGACGUGUCACCAGUGCCGCCAUAAAGCCAUGGGUUUGGUGGCUUCCUGCAAGAACAAGAAAAAGAACAAGCCAUGUACUACCAGUUACUGUAAAAAUUGCCUAUUGAACAGAUAUGGAGAGAAGGUAGAAGAAGUGACAGUUUUGGAGGACUGGCUUUGUCUGAAAUGCAGAGGCAUCUGCAAUUGCAGUUGUUGCAGGAAGAAGCAAGGACAUCAACCCACUGGCAGACUCGUGCACACAGCCAAGGCUACUGGAUUUUCCUCUGUUUCAGAGCUGCUCCGUGUUAAAGGCCUUGAGCCUGCUGUUGCUUUGCCUAAACAGUGGGGAAAGGAAAAUUCUGUAACCGAAAACAGCAGUUCACAUUUAAACCUUGAUGAGAAAAAGCAAAAACGAAUGAAGCAAGAAGGGUUAAAAGAGAUUCAAGAUAGCAAACGUCGGAAGAGUAAGACAAAUGCCAUGAAGUUCCACAAUGAAGAUUUUUAUGCCAGCAUCCCAUUGCCCCAGGGUACCGAGUUGACAAGUGUAUCUGGGAUUGAGCUACCACCAGAAGACGCUGGCCAUGCCUUGCAGUUCUUGGAAUUCUGUGCUGCUUUUAGGGAGAUUCUUGAUUUGAAGGAUGGUGAGCCUGAAUAUGUGCUUGGAGAAUUAAAACGUGGGGGACCUGGGUGCCGAGGAAAACAUUCUCCAGUUGUCUGGUUUCAUAUCCAAUUGCUCUCUCUGAUACAAAAGGACUUGGGAGAAAAGUCUCCCGUGAUAACAACAAAAAUUGGCAAAAAUUCAUGGCUCCAUGCUCUACAAAAUUUUGCCUCGAGAUCCCAGUAUGUAUUGGGAAAACUGAAGUUGGAGCAGUUUGGUGGGGAAUUUGAUGAUUACGAUCGUUUAGAGUUCUCUGAGAAGCUUAGACUCUUGAAUUCUCUAUGUGACGAAUUUCUUUGCACUGCAAAAAUUAGGAGCUGGAUAGAUGAUCAGAAUUCCAAACUUGCUGAAAAGGUGAAGGAAGCAAAUGAAAGAGUUGUUGCUGCAAAACAUAAGGAGAAACAAUUGAAGCAGAAGAUGCAGGAUGAGGUGGCUGAAGCCAUCAUUGCAAAAAGUGGUGCUCCUCUUUCAAUAUCUGAGCAUGAAGCUAUUGUUACGCAAAUCAAAACCAAAGCAGCUCAAGCUCAUGCCGAAAUACUGGAGUCAAAAAGCAUGGUAACUAAGGAGAAACAAAGACCUGACGCUGUUAGAAGAAAACCCAUCCUUUUGGAUGCUAGCGGGCGCAUAUAUUGGAGAUUAAAAGGAUAUUCUGACAAAUCUAACCUUCUGCUCCAAGAUGUGGGAUCCAGUGACACAGCGGGGUUGAGUGAAAAAUGGUACACCUUCAAUGCUGAACAGGAAAAAGAGAUAGAAAAAUACAUUCAUUCUUCGAGGAAGAGAGGGCUAAGGCCUCAAAAAUUAACGGAUGUUCCUUCAUCUUCAAGUAGUGAAGCAGACAUAAUUCAGUCAAGUAGCGAAGCAGACAUGAUUCGGUCAAGUAGCAAAGCAGACAUGAUUCUAUAACUAAUCAAUCAUCUCAUUCACCCAGUGUAAUCAACCAUGUUACAUGAUCUCUGUUGCUCUGAUUAUGCCACAUGUCAGGUACUCAUUGAGUAUCAAAAUAGUAAUAGUUGGAUUUCUUAAAUUCCCAAUCUAUUCUAGCUAUUUAUUUAUUGGCUAUUGAGCUGUAAAAUUGAGAAUGAUUGUUCAGUGCCGAUGGGCACCACCACGUGGUGCCCCAGGCAUCUCCACCACCACACAUUGGUACGGGGAGGCUUGGGGCAGCAUGUGGCGGUGCCCAAGGGCACUGAAUAAUUUUUCAUAAAUUGGAGAGUUGGCUGUUGAUUGGAUGCAGAUGGACUUGAGCCAAGGCCAUUUCCAUGUCUUUGUAGGUGUAGUGAAGACUGCUUCCAAUUUUUUUAGGGAAGGCAACUAUGUCUCUUCAGUCCAAAAGGUGGCUUCCAGUUUGAGGAUUGAAUUGUGUAAAAUUGCUUGCAACUUUUUGAAAGUUGCAGUGCUGUAACAUAGUUGUACAAUAUUUCUCAUUGUUAGCACACAGUUCUAGUACCAAAUUAGACAAAUUAUGUUAUUUGUAAGAAUCUGCGGAAUUUAUUCUCAGUUGUAUUUCACUAUUCUGAUUCGAUUUUACUCGAGGCAAUGUUUUUUGAACCAAUGAGCAUUGCUCUAUUUAUUGAUUAAUCAAUGCAAACUUUACUUACACCGCUUGUGGUUUAA